AAGAAGCAAAGAGCAGUAAACUCUACACUUGGCCUGAACAAGCCAGAGGACCUUCUUGAUAUCGUUCACUUCAGGCAAAAUGAAGAAACUGAUUCUAAUCCUCUUGUUGGCUGGACUGGCCUGUGAAACUUACCAGAGGGCGUUUCCUAGAACCAGUGCAGAGAGUGACCAGCAAGGAACCCAAGACGAUAAUGACGAUGAUGAUUCGUCUGAAAGCAGUGAGGAUAUCAUGAGUUAUGAUGACCAGAGUAAAAGCAGAAGUGACGAGUCGGAUGAUGACAGUAACAAGAAAAAGCACAAUCGUAACACCAGAGAAAGCUCAUUUGAAAGUGACAUGAGCAGCCCUGAUGAAGACAUUAACAGCAGCAGUCAGCAAAGUCUUGACUCCGAUGAUGAGACCAACAGCAAUGAAGGGGAUUCCGAGAGUACCAGUAACGAUACGUCCGACGACACUUCAACUGAUGAGGCCGACAGCGAUGAAGGGGAUUCCGAGAGUACCAGUAACGAUACGUCCGACGACACUUCAACUGGUGAGACCGACAGCGAUGAAGGGGAUUCCGAGAGUGUCAGUGACGAUACGUCUGAUGACAGUGCAAGUGAUGAGACCGACAGUGAUGAGGGGGAAUCCGAGAGUGCUGGCGACGAUGCAUCCAAUGACCUUCAAAAUGCUGAGACCGGUAUUGUAGAGGAGGAUACGGAAAGUGCCGGCGACGAUGCAUCCAAUGACCUUCAAAGUGCUGAGCCCGUCAGUGUAGAGGAGGAUACGGAGAGUGCCGGCGACGAUGCAUCCAAUGACCUUCAAAAUGCUGAGACCGACAGUGUAGAGGAGGAUACGGAGAGUGCCGGCGACGAUGCAUCCAAUGACCUUCAAAAUGAUGAGACCGACAGUGUAGAGGAUACGGAGAGUGCCGGCGACGAUGCAUCCAAUGACCUUCAAAAUGAUGAGACCGACAGUGUAGAGGAGGAUACGGAGAGUGCCGGCGACGAUUCAGCCAGUGACCUUCAAAAUGCUGAGACCGACAGUGUAGAGGAGGAUACGGAGAGUGCCGGCGACGAUUCAGCCAGUGACCUUCAAAAUGCUGAGACCGUCAGUGUAGAGGAGGAUACGGAGAGUGCCGGCGACGAUUCAGCCAGUGACCUUCAAAAUGCUGAGACCGUCAGUGUAGAGGAGGAUACGGAGAGUGCCGGCGACGAUUCAGCCAGUGACGCUCCAAACGGUGAGCCUGGCAAUGAACAGGAGGAUGUGGAGAGUGCCAGCAGCAAUAUGUCCGACAACACUUCAAGUGAUGAAGCUGACAGCGAUGAAGAGGAUUCCGAGAGUACAAGUAACGAUAUGUCAGACAACACUUCAAGUGAUGAAGCCGACAGCGAUGGGGGGGAUUCUGAGAGUGUCAGUGAUGAUACGUCUGAUGACAGUGCAAGUGAUGAGACCGACAGUGAUGAGGGGGAAUCCGAGAGUGCCGACGACGAUGCAUCCAAUGACCUUCAAAGUGCCGAAACCGUCAGUGUAGAGGAGGAUACCGAGAGUGCCGCCGAUGAUGCAUCCAAUGACCUUCAAAGUGCUGAAACCGUCAGUGUAGAGGAGGAUACGGAGAGUGCCGGCGACGAUGCAUCCAAUGACCUUUAAAGUGCUGAGACCGGCACUGCAGAUCGGUGACUGGGGGGGCAAUAAACAGGAUGCCGGCAACAGCAGUACUGAUGACGGUGGCAGCAGCAUGGAUGAAAGGGUCAGAUAAGCACUAUUGUAUUUAGUAAUGUAUUUAGAUAUUACUAUGUUGUAGCCUAUAUUUUGUUGCAUAUUUACAUAAAUAAAUAUUCUAAAAUAAAAUGGG